GUGACCGCGGCAUUCGCUGACGUCAUCAAAGUGUGCACUCAGAGGAGGGCCACAAUGGGGAAGUGUGCCAUUUGGGACAGGUCCAACAGAAGAAGAGGAAUUGCGGUUUUUCAUCCUUGAGUGAAUGGUAAAUUUUUCUCAUUGAGUGGGUUCUGCAGUUAUGCUUAUGAUCAGAGCCUCCUUUUCCUGAAACACCAUUUAGACCUCAUAAUAAGACCUUAUAAUGGAAUCAGCAGGGAUGCGACCGUGUUCUUCUAGAAAACCUCCACACAAUCCUGGUCCCACUGACUCACAGCUUUGUGGGGAUGUGCAGACAGAAAAAUAUACAUCUUCAGAUGGAGGGACAUCAGACUCUGUAGAACACAUCACCUGUGUGAACCUUCAAAAACAUGUAAAAAAGGAAGAAACUGUAGAUGAAGAAUACUUCUCGACACCAGUCUCUGUGGGACACAUCACACCUGUGGACCUACAGAAUCAUGUGGAAAAGGAAGAACCUGAAGAUAAAGAUGAUCUCUAUGCUGGGACAUCAAACUCUGUGGAAGAUGUAGACCAAAAUAAUGGAGAAUAUGAAAGGAAGCAUGUAAAAAAGGAAGAGUCUGAAGAUGAAGACAACCUCCAUACAAGGAGAGACUGGGACAUGGAUGAUGCCCAGGUAGAAGUAUUCUCCUGCUCUCAGUGUUCACUUUCCUGUACAUCUCAAAUUUAUCUCCACAAACACAUCAGAAGAUACCACUAUGAGGAAUAUGAGAGACUGCUACAAUCAGGAGACUUAAAAGACAUAAACCAUGUCACCGCAAUAAGCUCCAGUAUUCAACAAAUAGCCUCCAUUACACUCAACAUAAACUCCUCUAAUAAACAAAUGCAGAACGGAGUCUAUCCCUGCUCACAAUGUGGGAAGAGUUUUACUCACCGGAGUUAUCUCCGACAACACCAGCGCAUUCACACAGGAGAAAAAUCAUAUCACUGCUCAAAGUGUGGGAAGAGCUUUAUUCACAAGUGUAAUCUACAAAGACACCAGCACAUUCACACAGGAGAAAAACCAUAUCACUGCUCAGAGUGUGGGAAGAGCUUUAUUCAACAGAGUAAUCUACAAGAACACCAGCGCAUUCACACAGGAGAAAAACCGUAUCACUGUUCAGAGUGUGGGAAGAGUUUUAUUCGACAGAGUGACCUACUAAUACACCAGCGCAUUCACACAGGAGAAAAGCCGUAUCAUUGCUCAGAGUGUGGGAAGAGCUUUAUUCGACAGAGUGACGUACAAAAACACAAGCUCAUUCACACAGGAGAAAAGCCCCAUCACUGCUCAGAAUGUGGGAAAGGCUUUGUUCAACAGAGUCAUCUACAAGAACACCAGCGCAUUCACACAGGAGAAAAACCGUAUCACUGCUCAGAAUGUGGGAAGAGCUUUAUUCGACAAAGUGACCUACUAAUACACCAGCGCAUUCACACAGGAGAAAAGCCUUAUCAUUGCUCAGAGUGUGGGAAGAGCUUUAUUCGACAGAAUAAUCUACAAUCACACCAGCUCAUUCACACAGGAGAAAAGCCGUAUCACUGCUCUGAGUGUGGGAAGAGCUUUAAUCGACAGAGUCAUCUACAAUCACAUCAGCUCAUUCACACAGGUGAAAAACCGUAUCACUGCUCAGUGUGUGGGAAGAGCUUUAAUCACCAGAGUAAUCUACAAAGACACCAGCGCAUUCACACAGGAGAAAAGCCGUAUCACUGCUCAGAAUGUGGUAAGAGUUUUAAUCGACAGAGUAAUCUACAAUCACACCAACGCGUUCACACAUGAGAAAAACCGUAUCACUGCUCAGAAUGUGGGAAGAGCUUUAUUCGACAGAGUGAAUUACAAAGACACCACUGCAUUCACACAGGAGAAAAGCUGUAAGAGUGCUCAAAGUGUGGGAAGAGUUUUAUUCAAGAGUAUUUUCAUACAACAAAUUCUCAUAGCAUAGUUACUGAUUUGAGAUCUGUGAUUGACCGCUCUCUGAACGAAGUAGUCAUUGACUACGUUUACCUGGACAGCAGUAUUCUAAUUAUUGACCUUAAUCUGAUGGGUUAUGCUUAUGAUCAGAGCCUCCUUUUCCAGAAACACCAUUUAGACCUCAUAAUAAGACUUAUAAUGGAAUCAGCAGGGAUACGACCGUGUUCUUCUAGCAAACCUCCACACACUCCUGGUCCCACUGACUCACAGCUUUGUGGGGAUGUGCAGACAGAAAAAUAUACAUCUUCAGAUGGAGGGACAUCAGACUCUGUAGAACACAUCACCUGUGUGAACCUUCAAAAACAUGUAAAAAAGGAAGAAACUGUAGAUGAAGAAUACUUCUCGACACCAGUCUCUGUGGGACACAUCACACCUGUGGACCUACAGAAUCAUGUGGAAAAGGAAGAACCUGAAGAUAAAGACUAUCUCUAUGCUGGGACAUCAAACUCUGUGGAAGAUGUAGACCAAAAUAAUGGAGGAUUUGAAAGGAAGCAUGUAAAAGAGGAAGAGUCUGAAGAUGAAGACAUCCAUACAAGGACAGACUGGGACAUGGAUGAUGCCCAGGUACAAGUCUUCUCCUGCUUCUGGUGUUCACUUUCCUAUACAUCUCAACUUUAUCUCCACAAACACAUCAGAAGAUACCACUAUGAGGAAUAUGAGAGACUGCUACAAUCAGGAGAGUUAAAAGACAUGAACAAUAUCACUGCAAUAAGCUCCAGUAUUCAGCAAAUAGCCUCCGUUACACUCGACAUUAACUUCUCUAAUAAACAAAUACAGAAAGAAGUUUAUCCCUGCUCACAGUGUGGGAAGAGUUUUACUGACCGGAGUAAUCUCAAACAACACCAGCGCAUUCACACAGGAGAAAAACCAUAUCACUGCUCACAGUGUGGGAAGAGCUUUAUUCAACAGAGUAAUCUACUAGCACACCAGCGCAUUCAUACAGGAGAAAAGCCGUAUCACUGCUCAGAGUGUGGGAAGAGCUUUAUUCAACAGAGUAAUCUACAAGCACACCAGCGCAUUCACACAGGGGAAAAGCCGUAUUCCUGCUUAGAAUGUGGAAAGAGUUUUAUUCGGCAGAGUGAUCUACAUGUACACCAGCGCAUUCACACAGGAGAAAAACCGUAUCACUGCUCAGAGUGUGGGAAGAGCUUUAUUCAACAGAGUAAUUUACAAAAACACCUGCGCAUUCACACAGGAGAAAAGCCGUAUUCCUGCUCAGAGUGUGGGAAGAGUUUUAUUCGACAGAAUGAUCUACAUGUACACCAGCGCAUUCACACAGGAGAAAAACCGUAUCACUGCUCAGAGUGUGGGAAGAACUUUAUUCGACAGAAUGAUCUACAAAUACACCAGCGCAUUCACACAGGAGAAAAGCCGUAUCACUGCUCAGAGUGUGGGAAGAGCUUUAUUCGGCAGAAUGAACUACAAAUACACCAGCGCAUUCACACAGGAGAAAAGCCAUAUCACUGCUCAGAGUGUGGGAAGAGCUUUAUUCAACAGAGUGAUCUACAACGACACCAGCGCAUUCACACAGGAGAAAAGCCGUAUUCGUGCUUAGAGUGUGGGAAGAGCUUUAAUCGACAGAGUAAUCUACAAAUACAUCAGCGCGUUCAUACAGGAGAAAAGCCGUACCACUGCUCAGAGUGUGGGAAGAGCUUUAUUCAACAGAGUAAUCUACAAAUACACCAGCGCAUUCACACUGGAGAAAAACCGUAUCACUGCUCAGAGUGUGGGAAGAGCUUUAUUCAACAAAGUGACCUACAAAAACACCAGCGCAUUCACACUGGAGAAAAACCAUUUCACUGCUCAGAUUGUGGGAAGAGCUUUAAUCACCAGAGUAAUCUACACAAACACCAACGCAUUCACUAAGGUGAAAAAAAAAAACACAUACGCUCAUACUGUAAGAAGAUGUUUACAGAUAAAUAUAAGCUCAAACUAUAUCAGAGCAUUCGUACAUGAGAAAAGCUGUAAAAGUGCUCAAAGUACGGGAAGAGUUUUAAUCAAAAGAGUAAUUUCAUGCAACACCAACAAAUUCACGUAGCAUACUCAACAUUCAACACCAUAGUGCCCUCCAAACUUGACGUUAAUCUCUGGGCUCUGGGCUUAAACAGCUCGGUCUGCAGCUGGAUUUUGGACUUUCUGUCAGGCAGAUGCCAGGUGGUUAAAAUGGGCAACAACAUCUCCUCACUACUGACCCUUAAUACCGGAGCCCUGCAGGGCUGUGUUCUCAGCCCACUCCUGUACUCGUUGUACACACAUGACUGUGUGGCCACCCAUAGCUCCAACGUCAUUGCCAAAUUUGCUGACAACACGGCAGUGGUAGGCUUGAUCAAGGAGGACGAUGAAAUGGCCUACAGACAAGAGGUACGUCCCAUCACAAUCAACAGAGCAUCAGUAGAAAAGGUCAGCAGCUUCAAGUUCCUAGUGGCCCACUUAAAGUGGUCUGUCCAUAUGGAGACCAUAAUAAAGAAAGCUCACCAGCAGCUCUUCCUAAGACGUCUGGGGAAGUUCGAGAUGAGCUCCAGCAUUCUCAGAUCAUUCUACACAUGCACUGUGGAGAGCAUCCUGUCUGGCUGCAUCACCGUCUGUCCAGAAACACAAAGCUUUAGGCCUCAUAAGAUCUUACAACUUACAAUGGAAUUAGCAGAGGUUCGACUGUGGUCUUCUAAAAAUCCUCCAUUCACUCUUGGUACUCCUGGCUCACAGCUGUGUGGGGAUGUACAGACAAUAACUAGUAAGGCUUCAGGUGGAGGCUCUCUGGAACACAUCACCCUUAUGGACCUUCAGAAAAAUGUAAAGAAGGAAGAAACUGUAGAUGAAGAAUAUCUCUGUGAAGUGCUGCCAGGCACUUUGGGACACAUCACACCUGUGGACCAACAGAAUCAUGUGAAAAAGGAAGAACCGGAAGAUGAAGACAAUCUCCGUGAUGGGACGUCAAACUCUGUGGAAAAUGUAGGCGAACAGAGUGGAGGAUUUGAAAGAAAGCAUAUAAAAAAGGACAAGUCUGAAGAUGAGGACUCUCUCUGUACAACAACAGACCGGGACAUGAAUGCUGCCCAGGUCUCCUGCUCUUGGUGUCCACUUUCCUAUACAUCUCAAAUUAACCUCCACAAACACAUCAGAAGAUACCACUAUGAGGAAUAUGUGAGACUGCUGCAAUCAGGAGAGUUACAACAUGAGAACCAUCUCACCGCAAUAAGCUCCAGUAUUCAGCAAACAGCGUCUGUUACACCCAACAGUUACUCCUCUAAUAAACAAAUGCAGAAAGGAGUCUAUCCCUGCUCACAGUGUGGGAAGAGUUUUACCCAACACUAUAAUCUCCAAGUACACCAGCAUACUCACACAGGAGAAAAGCCACAUCAUUGCUUAGAAUGUGGGAGGAGUUUUAUUAGAAAGGGCGAUCUCCAACGACACCAGCACACUCACACAGGUGAAAAGCCAUAUCGCUGCUUUGAGUGUGGCAAGAGUUUUUCAAAACACAGUAAUCUUCAGCGACAUCAACGCAUUCAUUCAGGAGAAAAGCCAUAUCAGUGCUCAUACUGCAGGAAGAUGUUUACAGAUAAAGGUAAUCUCAAUGUACACCACCGCAUUCACAAUGGAGAUAAGUCAUAUCAUUGCUCACAGUGUGGGAAGAGUUUUAAUCAACAGGGCCAUCUCAAAACACACUUGCAUAUUCACACAGGAGAUAAACCAUAUCGCUGCUCACAGUGCGGGAAGAUGUUCACUGAAAAACGCCAUCUCAAAGUUCAUCAGCGCAUUCACAAUGGAGAAAAGCCAUAUCACUGUUCACAGUGUGGGAAGAGUUUUAAUCAACUGAAUAAUCUUCAAAGACACUUGUAUAUUCACACAGGAGAGAAGCCAUAUUCCUGCACACAGUGUGGGAAGAGCUUUAAUCGACAGUGUAAUCUCGAUCUACACCAGCGCAUUCACUCAGAAGAAAAGCCAUAUCACUGCUCGGAGUGUGAGAAGAGUUUUAAUCAAAGGAGUCAUCUUCAGAGACACCAACGCAUUCACUCAGGAGAAAAGUUGUAUCAGUGUUCAUACUGUAGGAAGAUGUUUAGAGAGAAGGGUAGUCUCAAAGUACAUCAGCGCAUUCACAGUGGGGAAAAGCCGUAUCAUUGUGCACAGUGUGGGAAGAGUUUUAAUCAACAGAGUCAUCUCAAAAGACACUUACAUAUUCACACAGGAGAAAAGCCGUAUCAGUGCUCACAUUGUGGGAAACGUUUUAAUCAGAAGAGUAGACUAGUACAACACCAACAUAUUCACAUAUCAUAGAAAGUGAUUUGAUAUUUGCUUAUUCAGAUGCAUUUAAUAACCAAGUGCUCCAGCAUGGAGUCAUCAGCCUGUGAUGCAUUAUUCAAUCUUUUUCUGAAUAUAAAAUUAAUAAUAAUUAUUAUAAUAAUAAAUCGAUCUUUAACAGUUAACAUGAUUUGUAUAAGGCACUUAUAUGAAUGUAAUGAAUGUGUCAAAAAUAAACAGGGAAACAGUAACCUAUGUCGGUAUGCAUAGAAUAGACAGCUAGCAAUGAACACACUUUGUAAAUAUUGUAUACACAUAUUUUUGGCUCUAUUUGAUUAUAUAUGUUAUAACAGCUUCAAACGAACACUAGUAAUGUUAGCUACUGCUGAGUACUGGUCCAUGAGCAUUUGUUUACAAAGAGGGUUAGGUAAGAGGCAAGCCCAGGAGAAUGCACUGAAGUCAGCCAUAGUGGCCUGGCUUCUGCGGUCUAAUUCUCCAAAAAAUGUGAUCAUUUGAAUAAACAAAAUCUGUGUACUGGGAACUUUGAACAUGAAACGAUCAAUUCUCAUACAAUGCAUAUUCUUAUACACCGUAAUUAUAUUAAGGUAGCUCAUUGCUUAUGUGGCAUAAUUUUCUUUUUUCCCCAUGAUUAUUUGUUAAUCUAUACAAGAUUUAUUCAUUUUAAGAUCAAUUAAAUUUAAUGUGAUUUUUUUUUUGUAACUGUCUUUGUUCACUCACAAUGUGCAUGCGUUUGGGUCAUGAUGUUUUGUUCUUGUUCAUGUUUUUCUCCUAUCUUAGCCUCCGGCAUUAUCUAUAUGGUACAGAUGCACCCACACAUCGAUAUCUGCACACAUAAAAACUGGCUGUGUCCAACAUUUGUUUAGACUAUAGAAUGCCCAGGUUGUCUUCAAGCAUGCAUUAAACCAUCUUUUUUUAAUAUAAUAA